UCACGACUCAGGCAUACAAUCAUUCUCGGAUUCUGUUCAUUGGCUACUUCAUCAAAGUACGAAUCUAGUGAGAAUUUAAUGUGUCCGCAAUAAGACAAAGCAGCCCGUCGAAACCUUUGAUCACCUAACCGAGACUCUUGGAAGCAAUCCGGAAAAGUCACAGGAUCAUCUUCCCGGACUGGCCAAAUCACCACCUCUCACUUUACAAAAGGACAUACCACAUCGACCACCUUGACUUCACAGCCAAACUCCGACAUUUGUCAAAAAUGCUAGACAUCGGCAAAGAAACCCCCCUCCCAACGCCAAAAUGCUACUUCACAUGCACGACCCUACCAGCCUAUCUAGACACCACCCAACAACCGACCAAAAGCCCACCAUACAGUCUAUUACACAGCACACCAUACUACCACACCCUAACCCUUCUCACCCCUAUAUCUUCCCCUCUCAAACCCCAAGAUGUGGAAUCGAAAUAUGCGAAAAUCAACCUAUCCCUCCUGGAAAUCUUAACCGGCGAUUUCUUCACAAACAAAAUCAAAAAGGGAGAUGUAUUAUUGGUUUCCGCGCCUUUACAUCUUUCUUCUACAUCUUCUGUCGCAAUGUUCACAUUGGUGGAGGGUGUGUUGACCAUAACCUGCGAUCGCGCGACUUACGAAAGAGCCGGCCUUCUCGGAACACCCAUCCCAAACCCUCAUGCCAGAAAACAUGCGACUCCAAACUUCAAGAUUGAGCUAAAUCUACGUCUUCCCUCUAUGCUUGCUGGAAAAAAAGGAUUCGAACGAUUACUGCACGCUGCAAAAUCAGUAUUUAUGGGGCAAAUGACAUGGUUACUCUACGAUAUUUCCAGCGACCUCUCCACCUCGGACAUUUCUCUAGGCGAAAAUGUGGAAAUCAAACACAUCAAACCACAAACGGAAGAAUUGAAGGAUGUAAUAAUUCCACCCUUCCCAACCAAAAACGCCGAUAUUUCAAAAUCCAAUCAAGACGAUGUCACAGAAUUGCUCGAAUGGCUUUCUCUGGCUGCUAUUUCUUCCCCACGCAUAGAGCAGGGGGAUUUGGUCGAUGAGAUUAUUUCCCGCUAUUCUGUUCCCAACACCUCUGCCUCUGCCACUUCCACAACACAAACUUUGACAAAAAUAACAUGUACGGGAUUCUUACCCAGUAGCACGAUUGCAGACAUCUUCGCCAAACUCGUCAUCGCAGCAAAUAAAUCUUGGUUUGCGAUAUUGGUGCAAGGGUUUGACGGAGACAAAGGUGUUGUGGUGUUGAAGACUCAAGAUCAGAGGGCGUUGUGUUGGGAUCUGGAAGGUUAGGUUGAGCUCAAAAGACACUUUUUCGAGCAAAGGAAGAAAAAAGCGCAUGUACUGUAAAUGAUGAGAAAUACCCAUCGAGUGUAAUUAACAAUCAAUGAGAAAUACCGCUGAGCGAUAGAGUGUAAGCAAUCACGAUGACAGAGCUAGGAAGUGAAGAUGUGGUCACUUAAGAUACAUGCAUGCACUCAAGGAGCACAUCCGUACAAGAAGAAAAGAAGAAUAAAAAACAAGAAGAA